CCACAUACUAUGCUGACACCUCCCAUUGAGAACAAUGAUAUCAAAAUAAGAUUCAUAUCUUUGAUAUCGCCUAACGAUCAACCAUUGUAUAUCCAGUCAUUUGAUGGCAGCAAGGACUCGGCAAACUAUCUUAAAUACAAUUUCCUCUCUCAUAUGGCAUUGGAUGUAUUUGCAUCUCCAGCAUCCUUGGGAUUGAAGGAACAGAUACGUUCAUCAGAGGAUGGCUCCUUGUUGCUACUCAUUCAAGAUGGUGUUCGUGUUUACGGGUAUGAAACUAACACAAAUUUAAAGAUUAUCAUUGGCUUGGGAGAGGGAGAAGUAGAUCAGGAAGAUACAGGCGAAGCUAAUUCACAUUCACUGGUGAAUAGAUCCUUAGAGGAAGUGUUUGUUCAAGUACAUAAAUGUUAUUUAAGGGUGAUAUGUAAUCCGUUUGUGGAUAUGACGGGAAAUAAUGAUUCACUUCUUAGCACUCCUUCAUUUGAUCUUUCCAUAAAACAUAUUGUAAAUGAAUGGAAUUAA